AUGUCUCAACAUCUGUCAUUCACAAAACUUAAAGGACGUGGUGCAGCAAAGCGGAAAAAGGUCAAUAUCUAUACCCCCCAGCUUCCAAACACAUCAAGCGUUCAUGAGACAUACACCUUUGUCUCUCGAAAACAAGGGUUCAGAGCACACAGAUCUCAUGUCACCGUGAAGUCCAGUACAUCUUCAAUCCAAUUCAUCGAAGCAAUGGACUCGAUAAUGACUGACUCACACACGAAUCACGACUUUUCAGAUUUUACUGCCAAACGCGACACUUUCCUACUUGAGCUUCUGCGGCAUGAUGGACGGGGUGACUACAUGAACCCUUGUGUCUGUGGAAGUUGCCAUUUUGGCCUCCCAGAAUACCGGUGUAUUGAUUGCUUCAGCGGGGAAUUGUUUUGCUCAGCAUGUAUUGUGUCUUUGCACGCCAGGAAUCCUCUCCAUCAGAUUCAGAAAUGGACGGGAUCUUCAUUUGCUGCUCUGUCACUCAAACGGCUUGGGCUACGGUUACAACUUGGCCAUCCAAUUGGAGUGGAGUGCCUAUUACCCCAACAGGCGUUUAAUGACGACUUUACGCUCAUUCACACCAACGGUAUCCAUGAAAUCGGACUUGACUACUGUGGUUGCGACACUGCCCAGACGCAUACGACGCAGCUACUUCGUGUAGCUUGGUUUCCAGCAACUAUAUCAGAACCUCGAACGGCAGCUACAUUUCAAAUUCUCGAACAGUACCAUCUGUUGUCCUUCGAGUCCAAGGCAUCCGGUUAUGAGUUUUAUCACGCAAUUGCACGACUUACAGAUAAUACUGGUCUUCACCCACAUAAGAAUCGGUACGUAGCCUUCUUGCGGAUGGUUCGAGAAUGGCGCCACCUCAAGAUGCUUAAACGUGCCGGUCGCAGGCAUGAUACAACAGGUGUGGAGGGAACGAAGGAAGGAGAAUGUGCUGUGGUAUGUCCUGCUUGCCCCCAGGCUGGAAAAAACCUACCGGAUGAUUGGCAGGAUGCGCCAGAUGACAAGCAGUGGUUAUAUUCGCUCUUUGUGGCUAUUGACACCAAUUUUCGCCUGAAGAGGCAUGCUAUUUCAAAGGAUGGCACAGACCCUGGCCUCAGUCGAGGAUGGGCAUAUUUUGUGGAAGAAAUGGCCUACAAAUCUCACUUGCAGCAGUAUAGCGGCAAGCCACAGGAGAAGAGUACCUGCUCUUCUCACAAUGCUGUUAAUAUGGCCAACACGAAGGCAUCACAAGGCUUGGCUGCAACGGGCAUUGGGACGAUUGAUUGCGCACGACACAACAUGAAACUACCGAACGGCGUCGGAGAUUUACAGAAAGGCGAGAGGUACACAAAUAUGGACUAUCUAUUUUUCUCCGCACUCAGUCAACAGCAUGUCGAUGUUCUCAACAUUUCGUAUGAUAUCGCUUGUCAAUGGCACAAGCAUAUCUGGCAGCGCAUGUCAACAAUGCCGGCUCAUCUUCGACUGGAUCACGCAAGUAAAUUGGUCCGGUUCUUUGUUCCGAAAUUCCAUUUACCCGCCCACAUACUGAAGUGUCAGUCAAUGUUCUCCUUCAAUUUUUCCAAAAACGUUGGGCGUACCGACGGAGAGGCUCCUGAACGAGGAUGGUCAAAUAUAAAUCCUGUAGCAUCAAGUACCAAGGAAAUGGGACCAGGGUCUCGAAGGGACACCCUGGACGACCAUUUUGGCGAUUGGAACUGGAAGAAAUUAGUUGGCCUCGGUGCUACUCUUCUUCGCAAGAUGAACGAGGCUAACGAGGAACACGAAGCUCACGCAAAUGCUUUUGAAGAACUAAACGGAGCCUUGAAGCCGGAGACCACCACAGGAUGGAGAGCAGGUGUUGAGCUUUGGGAAGAAAAUCCCAAUGACGCGUCUGUGCCCAAUCCAUUCGAAAUGAAGGUUGCCACAAUCACUCAAGCAGCAGUUCGACUCAAAUUGGUCGAGAUCGAAGCGCGUCAACUUCGGGAAGGAAACGACAUGUUGCUACACAUAGACGUAUCACCCAGCGUGUUUAUCGCAACUGGAAUUGACCUCGAAAGUGAACAGCAGAAGACCAUCCUUGUGCGGCAGCGGAAUGCCCUCCAGCGCAAGGUGGAUGCAUGGAAGGGAGUGCAGCUGCUCUACACUCCGGCGGCACAGUUUUUAUCAUCGCGAAUGGAAACCAUCGGCAUUCCAGACAACCCAGAGGACAUCAAGCUAUUCUUACCCUCAUCAUUGACCGCUGACACCAUAUCCUGCAGCCCCCACCUUCUCACAAUUGAGUGGGAGCUUCAAAUCGCGCAGGCAGGAGACGCACUGGACGAUAUCAGACAGAGUCUUCGACUACGCGACUACAUGUACACAUUCAAACGCAACUGGAUUCACGGACAGAGCGCAAACACCCGCGCGCAAAAUGCGCUUGGUCGAGUAGAGGCAAGGGCUGCAGCCGCAGCUGACAGAUAUCGUGCGGCCCAUACUGCACUAUCCUCCCUCGCUCCUGUUCUAAACAAGGUAGGCUGGAAUGUUAAACUUCGCUCACUGAACAACAAAGACGAUGUGCGCAGGAUGACAGUCCCCAGAAAAGGAGAAAGUGAGGGAAGAAGGCAGCUCUCGUGGAUUUGGGUGGUGGAAGGGGUUGGAGAUGACGAGGAUGAAGUAGUUCAGGAUGGUCUUCGGGUGGAGUGGUGCAAAGCUCAUGCUAGGAUGAUGCGCUGGAAGGAAGAAAUCGAGCUACUGCGGGAAGAAAUGCAUCGAGUUCUCCAAUUUCUCCAAUGGCAUGCGCUCUGGUGGGACAACAUGGCUCAUUUGCGCACUCUUGUGGGGGCUGAAAGGGAAGGGGUAGUUGCUUAUGCCACUCGCCAGGCUCAAAUAUGUCGCGACCUCGGUGCCAAGUUUGAGGUUUUGUGGGCACAGCAUGUUUCAUCGUCAUUCCACCUUCCAGAUCUUCAUACUACACCAGAGAUACAGCCUGUUCAUUGA